AUGCAGUUUAACCCCUGGGAAACUGUUCAAGUGAGUAUUGGCAUCGUGGUGAUAGUGAUUGUGCACAACUUUUGGUUCCUUUACCUCCCUUAUUUGACAUGGCUCUACUUUGAUUGGCGGACCCCAGAGAAAGGAGGCAGGAAAUCCAACUGUAUUGGAAACUGGAAGAUUUGGAGACACUUCAGGGACUAUUUUCCAAUUCAUCUCAUCAAAACUCACGAUUUGGAUCCCAGUCACAACUAUAUAUUUGGGGCUCAUCCCCAUGGGAUAUUUUCGUUUGGAACCUUUGGAAAUUUUGCUUUAAAAUCUCCAGACUUCGAGAAGCUGUUUCCUGGCUUAACUCCAUAUUUUCAUGGGACUUCGUGUUGGUUUCUGUUCCCCCUCCUUCGAGAAUAUAUGAUCAGUGUGGGUGUGCUUUCAGUUUCCAAGAAAUCUUUGUCCUAUGUGUUGAGCAAGAAGGGAGGUGGAAACAUUUCAGUCAUCAUGCUUGGAGGCGCCAAAGAGUCACUGGACACCCAUCCGGGGAAUUUCACAUUGUUCAUCCGGCAGCGGAAAGGAUUUGUGACAAUGGCUUUGACCCAUGGUGCCUACUUGGUCCCUGUGUUUUCUUUUGGUGAAAAUGAUGUGUAUAAGCAAAUACAAAAUCCUGAAGGCUCCUGGGUUCGAACUGUCCAAAACAGACUGCAGAAGAUCAUGAGUAUCGCUUUGCCGCUGUUUUACGGCAGAGGAAUUUUUCAGGGCACAUUUGGGCUAAUGCCUUAUCGGAAGCCUGUCCACACUGUCGUGGGCCGCCCGAUCCCUGUUCAGCGGACUCCACACCCGACCCAGCAGCAGGUGGAGGAGCUGCACCAGACCUACAUGGAGGAGCUGAGGAAGCUGUUCGAGGAGCACAAAGGGAAGUAUGGCAUUGCGGAGCACGAGUCUCUUGUCCUCAAAUAACCCAGGGCUGCUCAGCAGGCGCUGCACAGCCAGACAGCAUCCCUCUGGGAAGACAAAUCCUCGGAGAGCUGAUUGUUUUCCUCUAUGGAUUUUGGAAUCAAGUUUGUGACCGCAAAAUAUGCUUAUGGUGUCAGAUGUUGAUUUUUACCUCUAGUAAAUAAAAAGCACCAAUGAUUACUGCAAAA